UACCCCACGCCUGUUUUACGGCUACCGUUCUGUGAGGGAAACUUUGUCUUGUUUGCUGUGACGAGGUACGAGAUGGAAUGAUAGUACCCCACGCCUGUUUUACGGCUACCGUUCUGUGAGGGAAACUUUGUCUUGUUUGCUGUGACGAGGUACGAGAUGGAGUGAUAGUACCCCACGCCUGUUUUACGGCUACCGUUCUGUGAGGGAAACUUUGUCUUGUUUGCUGUGACGAGGUACGAGAUGGAAUGAUAGUACCCCACGCCUGUUUUACGGCUACCGUUCUGUGAGGGAAACUUUGUCUUGUUUGCUGUGACGAGGUACGCGAUGGAAUGAUAGUACCCCACGCCUGUUUUACGGCUACCGUUCUGUGAGGGAAACUUUGUCUUGUUUGCUGUGACGAGGUACGAGAUGGAAUGAUAGUACCCCACGCCUGUUUUACGGCUACCGUUCUGUGAGGGAAACUUUGUCUUGUUUGCUGUGACGAGGUACGCGAUGGAAUGAUAGUACCCCACGCCUGUUUUACGGCUACCGUUCUGUGAGGGAAACUUUGUCUUGUUUGCUGUGACGAGGUACGAGAUGGAAUGAUAGUACCCCGCGCCUGUUUUACGGCUACCGUUCUGUGAGGGAAACUUUGUCUUGUUUUUGUUAUUUGUCAAUCACACUUAACAAUCCAGGAAGUUUGAUGAAAUUUAAAGAUUCUAAAGUUUUAGGAAAAUAAAUGAGCAGACUUUACCAUUCGUAGGAGCUAGAAGCAUUGAAAGGUGAUUGAACCGUGGUACUAAUCUUAGAGAUGUAUCUUUCUAUUCUAAAACAACCGGAACUAUCCUCCGUGGACUGAUAUGCCCCCCCCCCCUUCCUGCACCCUACCCGUACAAUGUGUACAAUGGACUGGGUCAUACAUCAAGGUAGUGGAUGACAGUCAUAUAUACACUCGUACUGUGAAUCAAAGUAAAGAGGAAAUCACUCAUAAUCAAACACAAUUUUCCUACACUGUAUAUCAGAAUGUGACAUUCAUCAUUUACAAGGUCAAAAGCCUGACUAAAGUCAAGAAAACCGGUGCCAACAAGUUUCCCCUUUGUCCAUUUCAUGUAACCAGUGACCUGUAAUUUUCGCGAAAGCUGUUUGGCAAUAAAGAGAUCGUAUGUAUACCGCUACAUGUUUUUCUAAAUGUUUUGAUAUUGGUAAAAUAGAAAUGGGUCUAUAAUCAUUGGGAUCUAAUCUCGACGUUCAGAUACAAGUCAACGAUGUUCUCUUUAUUAACAAUAUUCACUUUCAUUCUUGCGUCCAUUUGUUACAUCCCAUUGAACUCAUAAUAAGACAGCACAGUCUUCUAUACCUGCUUCAUAUUUGAGAGGAUGUUCUGCGUAUGAUCAAUUUUUAAAUCGAGGGAGGCUACUAACAAGAGGCGACCUUACGUAAUGCUGGGAGGCGCAUGUCAAAAUGAUCACAAGACAUUUGAAGAAUAUUACGACUUAGGCGGUGGCGUGAAAAUUUAUUCUCGCAAAAGUUGGGAAGCUAGGGCACCAAAGCAGUUUCAGAGUUUUCAGAAGCCAGCCAGCUUCUUUUUCAUCCAUCACACUGAUGGCAGCUUGUGCUAUGAAUUCCACUCCUGCGUCACCACGUUAAAAGAGAUACAACAUUUUCACAUGGAUACGAGAGGAUGGGAUGACAUUGGAUACAGUUUCCUAGUUGGACAGGACGGCAAUAUUUAUGAGGGGCGUGGCUGGGAUCACGUUGGUGCGCACACUUUGCAUUAUAACACAAGUGGAUACGCAGCCUCCUUUAUGGGAAAUUUCAUGACACACCCACCAAAUGAUGCAUCGCUUACUGCGGUUAAGAAGUUAAUAGACUACGGAAUCAGCCAGGGAUAUAUUGCCGCUACAUAUAAGCUGUAUGGACACCGUGACGUGGGAAACACAGCAUGCCCAGGCGAUGCUCUGUAUCCAAUCAUUCAAACGUGGCCACACUACACUCACACCAAACCCGAGAACAGUCUAUUAAAGCUAACGUGAAUUAUUCCGUACAGUGUUUGACUUUCUGUUCGCGUUACAUUGUUAGUCAUGUGGCAAGAAAAUGCGUAUUACAGAUUUUAUUAAAUAUGUUUCGUCUGUU